AUGCCUGUUGUCUCGCGCCUCGUCUCUAUUCCCCUCCGCAUUGCGGAGAUCGCCUUCGCGGCUGUCGUCGCAGGUAUUAUCGGACACUAUCUCGCCUCGCUCGACGGAAUCAGUUCCUGGGCUCAGGCCCGCUGGAUCUACACUGAAGUGAUCGCCGGUCUAUCUAUCCUUCUCGGCUUAAUAUGGCUGAUACCAUUCUCUUCGGGCUUCUUCUCGUGGCCUAUUGAUAUCCUGAUCUCAUUUGCCUGGUUCGCUGCUUUUGGUAUCCUGGUCGAUGCCCUCCACCACUUGUCAUGCGGUAGUAUCUGGGCCUGGCACUUUAGGGGCGAUGCUGUCUGUGGACGCUGGAAGGCUGCUGAGGCGUUUAGCUUCCUCUCCGCUAUCGUCUGGCUCGUCUCUGCCAUUGUGGGCCUCUGGUUCACUUACCGUGUGCGCGAUCAUGGUGCCGGGACCACUCGCCGCCGCUGGGGCCGCCGUGGGGCUCCCGCUGUCUAA